AUGAUAACUCGUUUCAUCGAGCGCUUCGAAAGCGUAAAGCAGCUGACGGAGAGUAACCUCGCUGUGUUACAGGCUGGGUAUACGGGCGCACCACCACAGCCUACCUCACCUUUAGACGGCGAGCUGCACCUCAGACCAUCUCCACGCGCAACGGCAUUCCUCAUCAAACGCAAGCCGCUCCCAGAUACAGCGCAAAAGGCACUCAUAGAGAUAAUAGAUGGGGUGGGUGCAGAGUCACUUACAAGAAGCGCAGACGAAGCUUCCAAUCAAAAUAACACACUUGGACAUCCAAGUCACGGCCGCAGACCAUCUUUCCACCGAACGAAUACCGUGUUCACGGAUUUCUUGCCGUACGACCAGGUGCGAACUUGGCAACAGGUUGAUAACGAGGAAUAUCAGGACCGACGUAGGCAUUCUCUCUCAGCUAUUGCGCUGGACAGAAUGAAAAAGCUCAACCUAGACCGCGAUGCACUGUUGGAUCAGAGCAAGAACGCUGCGAAUCAGUUGAAGAAGGUGAUUAAACAGCACAUACUUGACAAGGAGAAGUCAAUUUUAUAG